GCCAGCUUUGUCCGACUAAGAAAAGACUUGAGAAAAUAUACUUAAUUCGGUCUAGUGGGGAAAUCCGAUCGACAGUACCGUCUGCUCAUAUUUUGUGAAACUGAGGCUGAAAUCGAAACUCAUCAUAUCGAUAGAUAUAAUUUCAACGUAUGCUAAUUUGCCUAUUUAGAAUCUGACGCGAUCUCGUAAAAGAAAAAUCUUCCCCGCGAGAUCAUGCUCAUUGCGAUAUAGAUCACCACUUCCUGUGCACCGGUCUUGACUGCGCAGGAAAAACACACGUCAGCAAACAGCAAAACCAAAACAAUAAAGCGUGCUAGCCUGUGAUAAUUAAGAAACACGACCAGGCUUGAAUAUUUGUGAUAUUCUGUUUAGAAAUGGACGCCCCGGGUCCGGGGAACGAAGCAGGGGCCGAUGGAGGUCACGAUAUAACAAAUGAGACCCCAGCAUUUGUGUGGGAGUACCUGUAUUUCCCAGCUGUCUCUUUCCUGAAGCAAUAUGGCUGGUUUGUCAUCCUUGGACUAAUUGUGAUUACAUUUCUUUGGCACAAGAUCAAGCCGCAUUUACAGCAAUGGUUAAAGAAAAUAGAAGACCAGAAAGAGUAUACAAGAUAUAAAGAUGAUCCUGAUCUUGCUCAGAGGAGAUUUGAAGCCAUGGAGAAGUCAAGAAAGGCAUUGCAAGAACAGCUGGACCGCCAGGCAGAGGUGUAUACAGAAAAACAGAAAGAGAUUGAAGAGAAAAAGAGGCAAUUGAAAAUUCAAGACUGGGACAACCAUUUACAAGGCAAGGGGUACAGGUCGAAGGUCAAGCCUGGACAGCCCACAGAUAUGGAAAACCAGCAGCCAAAACCAAAGAAAAAGAAUGUUUAUAGAACAUCUGAUUAUAAUCCUUUGAUGGGUUCAAGUUCAGGAACAACAUUCCGACCCCCGCGUCGUGGAGGCGCUGGUGGAGGAUGAGGUUAAUUUUUCGUGUACAGAGGGCACCACAUACCUUGAAACCACAUACCUUGAAACCACAUACCUGGGAACCAUACAACUGGGCACCAUGUGCCUGGACACCAUACAACUAUAGCCACGUGCUGGAUGGAGAACUGUUGCCAGAAGGAAUGAAAAAAUUCAAAUUUGGCCUUACAAAUUAUAAAUAUUUUAUUUUAUGACAAUUUUUCAGUGGUUUGGCUGAGAGCUCCAUGGACUUCAUUUCUUUUUAUACCUACCAGUAGUAUAUAAUUACAACUGUUUCUUGUAGUUGGUGUAAACUGUACAGGUACAUGUUAUAGAUACACCACCAGUCAGCACUGUGUAUAUGAUAUAUACACAGGUGGGAGCUCAAGUGAGCUCAAUCACCUAGUUGUGGCUAGUGGUGUACCUGUACCACAGACCUAUAUUGAGAUCAAGAAAUCUAGGCAUUUGUCUCAGUCACAUUCAUGUGUGGUGUGUGUAUGGGAGAUGCGUCACGUCUGAAUCUUGUGUUCUUGACAUUCAUCAUGGUAUGAGCAUGACUUGUGCGUGUGUGCAUACCACAAGAAUUUCUUUGUAUGAAAGCCGUGAAAACUAUGCAUCAUUAGCUGGGCUGUAGUGUGUAAUCUUUCUCUUUAUUUCCAAAGAAUUGCGAACAAAAUCUAGUUCUGAUAUUGUUGCAAAUAUUUUUCAAUAUAUAAUGCAUCCCUUAGCAAAAUAUCAGGCUUGUUGCAAUAUUGCUGCAAACUUUUCAUUUUGCUUAGGGGUAACAUUACCAUUCAAUGAGCUUUCAAAAUAUAGGAGGGACGUCGAAGUCAAAAACAAGGGAAAGUUAAAGAUUUUUACAGCUUGCAUUUAGGGAUCUUUUUACUAUAUAAUUUGAUAUAAGUAGUUCGAUAUUUAGUUUAGUGAAUUGAUAAACAAGUUGACUGACCCUUUUUAGUAGAAAGUGAUCUUCUCACUAUAAAAUUCCAACAAAUAUUUUGAAGAUGUUCUUGACCAUUGUGAUUAUUAUAUCACUGAUUAUAUCUUUGACAUUAAGAUACAAGGUAUUUUAUUGACUGAGCACCCAGCCGGUGGUACAUGCCCAGUAGGCAUUAAUGCCUUUCUGAUUCCCCCCCGGUUUUACCUUUAUUUGCCCUUCAAAUGUGUGAUGUUCCAAUGUUAUAUGUAUGCACAUCCUUCUAUUUUUGAUAUUGUGAAAAUGCCAUCAUACUUUGAAUGUAAUGAUAUUAUGUGGAAACCCUCUGUGCACGAUGAAUAGAAAACACGCCCGUGUAGCAGAAUUCAUCCAUUAGUAAUUUGGUCAAUGAGUGAAUUCUCUAUGAUACUAGUUUUGGAAAUGGCUACCUAGUCAUCAAAACUGGCUGAAGUGCCUACACAGGCUGUGUACUUGAGUCUUAUUUAUUUAAGAUGUUGAGAACAAUUGGGGUUCAAAAGUAGUACCUUGAGUGGAAGGUUAGUCUUGACAUUUUGUCUUUUUUCCAUAUAAAGGCAAGAAAUGCACUCAAAAUAAUAUUUAAAUGAUCCAACUACAUAUUUCGACUUUCAUUAUCAAAACCAUCUCACCCAGCAACCUCAUGAUACUCAUAAAAUGGUAGUUAGCCAAAUGUACACUUAAAAUAUGACACAGGUGUUGAGCUAUUGAAUCCCUCAAUUUUGGUGUGGAACAGAGGGCUCACUACUAGUAAAUGUUUAUUCAUAAAAGGCAAAAUAUCAGGACUUGCCUUCUACUCAGUCUACUACCAUUAAAUCCCCUUGGAUACACUGUAUUUAUUGUUUAUGAUAAUUGUAUUUGUUAAAAGUGCGAAGGAAGUGUCACCAGUUCUCUUUCCUGUUUUUAGUCUAGAGUUGUUUUCAUGGACAGAAAAUGAAUAUAGAUGUAAAACAGCUAUGUGUACUUUCAUUAUAAAUAAAUUUUUUAAAAAAUGUGUGUAAUUGUCAAAACUACAAGAAAAUACCCAUAGUU